UUAUAAAUUUCUAGAAGUCACGAAUUGUCAGUCCUUGUUUUGUAUAAACAUUUAUUUUCAAGUCGCCAAGUACUUGUUGUAGUAAAAAUUCAGCUGUUAUUUGACGAAUUACUACAGUUAUUUCAUAAAAAGCGCGUAAAACAGAUUGUUUUAUGAAAAAUGGAUAUCUACGGCUACUCUUCAUAUCCAUACAAUCAAUCAGAUGAAUUGGCGAAACAAAUGUUUGCCCAACAAGCUUUAGCUUCAUCAGUUCGAGGAAUGGAACAACCCCAUGAUAUGCCGGCACCCUCAGGAUCCCCAUGGAACGUUCAGGGUAUACCUUGGAGUAUGCAGUCACCUCCAAAUUUAGUUCAUUUUACUGCUCAGACUCCGGAUACUAAAGUGACUACAAUAGUACAUUGCAAAAGAAAAAGUCUUGACGUAGAUCCUCCAAUACCAGCAAAACAAUUUAUAACAGAGGAGAAAAUGGCAGCUCAUCUCAAUGCUUUGCACAUAUCGUCAAGUUACACACAACACUCCUUAGCUAGUGAGGAUGUGAUGGAGGUAGUUGUGGACCCAACAGCACCAGUUACAACAACUAGCAUCAGCGAAAAACUCAAGGGGCAUACCAUUGUCCUAUCAGAUGACGUGAAAAAGAUUCAAGAUGAACCCAUAAUACCAGCGUCACUCAUUGAAAGACUACAAAAACCACAGAUGUCUCUUGUAGUUUGGAGACCAAAAGAGAAUAUUCUAGAAAAGAUGAAAGAAGAGAAAGACGUAGACUCCGAGGAGGAGAAACUGAAGAAGAGAAAUGGUGUCCUUGUGGUAGAACAUUCUAGAAUGGAUAUGGAAAUGUGACACUGUUUGUCAUUAUUAAUAAAUAAAUACUGUGUAAGUUUGAAAGUGACGAAUAUAACAGCUUUUGAUACAAUUUGAUUACAAAACAAAAAUAUCAAAUCCGCAUUUGAUGUUCUCUCAACUAAAUAACAUUAUUUUACUUCAAAUAUAACAUUAUGGUGUACUUUUAAUGUACGUUCACUAAUUGGCCACUGUCAUUUUGAUUUGUAUUUACUGUCCCAAUUUUGGUCAGACGCUUAAAAAACAUGUUCUUAUAGUUAAUGACAUUUAUAUAUAAAUCAAUGUUUAUUUAAGAGGAAUGAUAUAUGUAAGUGUUUGAAUUAAUGUGGUCAAAUUGGUGAGAUAGGCAUGAUUAUGUAAGUAAUAAAAUUGUGCGUUUUUUUUUGUGAUUUUCUUCUUUUGGUGCCUUAUAAUUUGAUGUUUCUCUUCUCCUUUCGAUAUAUUUAUGGAAAAUACUUAUUGGUGGUAACUUGACAUUUGAAAAUACAGAUAGUAAAUUUAAAAAAUAUAUAAUUGGUAUUAUUUUUUAAAUUCCCAUGUAUAUUGUUUCAGCGUAUACUGCCAAUGUGUCUAAAUAAUUUAAUGUUAGGGCUUAAGAAAAACAUAUAUUUAAGUAUUUUGUUGUAAUUACUUUGUUAGAUCCAUUAACCUCAUGUGAAAUUCUUAUCCAUAUUUCAUAUUUGAUGUUCAUUUGUUUCUUUCUAUUAACUCAACAAUAAUUUGUAAAUUUUGUUUCUACUAUCAACACAUAAAUGCAUUUUGAUUUUGUGAAUCUUUUUUAAAUUAGUUUUUAAGUGACAUUGUCAUACUUGCAUGUAAUCAUUUUUACCGACCUUGCAUGGGAUGAAUGUGUAUGGGUAUUGAAGACUGUACGUUUUUUUCUACUAUAUUAAUAAUAAAACAUUAUAUAUUUGCUGUAGAUCUUACAAAUAGCGUUUAAAUGCAUUACUUAACUAAACAAUCUUACUCCAUAACCUUUGGAUUGUUGAGUCAAACUGCAUAUUUAACAUUCUAUGAAUGUUAAUUUAAAUUUCAUAGCAUUGAUUUGUGUAAUGUAGACUUUUGAUAGUAAAAUCCUCCUAGUGAAUAAUUUAGAACUAAACAAGGAAUUUUUUAAAGAUUUCUUACCAUAUGACAAUGUUUAUUCUAACUUUGUAAUACAUAGAAUAGUAGAUGAUAAAAUGUAAGAAUAAAGGACUAUACAAAAUUGA